AUGCCGACCUCAACAGUAGGGCACACGCCCUCAUUAUCAACAUUUCUGAAAAGUCUAAAGACCAACGAUAUCGAGUCCUCGAUCGAGCUACUAGUAUCCCUGCUCAAACGACGGCAAAUCAGGAACUCCCGACAAUGUGCUCUGGCCACCACACAUCUCCUGCUCAGCGUAGUGGCGAAGGAGCGGAUCCGAGAUGCUCAGAAACUAAUUGAACGGAUCAGAUCGGUGGGUCGUCGCCUCGUUGCAGCACAGCCCAGAGAGUUUGCUGUCGGUAACAUCGUCCGGCGUGUCCUAGGUGUGGUAAGGGAGGUAGCAGAAGACAACGAAGACUCUUCUGUUGGAAGUGAACUGCUGUCUCCAGGCACGCCUACUACACCUGGUACCUCUGAAGCUCGGAGGCCACAUUUGCCCAAGACUUUCUCCGAGUUCACACCACUCCAUGGUGCUGCUGCGCUGCCAGAGUCGUUCCAAACUGGUCUGCAUGCCUCGUCUAGCGAGCUCGAGAGUCUCGCAGCAGAUAGUAAGCCUCAGCGGCCUUCCCUCAUGAGCUCAACGACAUCAUACGCUGCACAGGGUCCAUCGCUCACUUCCCUCUUCAGCAUUCUGCAGCAUCCCGCCGGCCGCUCACCAGCAGGCUCGCCAGGCAUGAGCACACCGACUGCAUUCUCGCCUUCCAUGAAACCUUCCUCAUCACGACCCGCAACACCGCAGCGACCUGGAACAGCCAGUGGACCUAAGGAGAAGAUGGAUAUCAAGGCUGAAGUCAUCGACGGCAUCAAAGAACUCCUCGAUGAACUCGAUGUAGUGGACAGUCAGAUCGCGGAGAAUGCACUCGAUCACAUCCACAGCAACGAGAUCGUGCUCACUCAUACCUCCUCUCAAACAGUUCAGAAAUUUCUCAUGACCGCCGCACGAAAGCGCAAAUUCACAGUCUUCCAUGCGGAAGCCUAUCCAAAUAACCACGAAGCCACACACGCUACUAUUCUGAACGGAGCAGCUGGAGACGAAGACACAGACGAACGCUGGAAGCCAUUGACAGACAUGGGCAUCACAGUGAUCCUGAUCCCAGACUCGGCCGUGUUCGCACUCAUGUCCCGCAUCAACAAAGUCAUCCUCGCCCCCCACGCCGUCCUAGCGAACGGCUCCCUCCUCGCCGCCGCAGGCGCCAGCACUAUCGCCCGAGCAGCAAAAACACAUCACGUCCCCGUCGUGGUCCUCAGCGGUGUAUACAAGCUCAGUCCUGUCUACCCAUUCGACACAGACGAGCUGAUCGAGUACGGAGACCCGAGUAAAGUAGUCGCAUUCGAGGACGCUGCAUUCGCGGAGAAAGUGGAUGUGGUCAACCCUGUCUACGAUCACGUGGAAGAGGAUCUGGUGGACUUGUAUAUCACGAAUUUGGGAGGCUGUGCACCGAGCUACUUGUAUAGGAUUGUGGCGGAUCAUUAUCGGGUGGAGGAUGUGGAUUUGAGUUCGAAGGAGGGUGUGGGUGCUGCGGUGAAAGCUGCUUGA